GUGGCUCGCGGCAGGAAGCCUUCAUCAACAAAGAAGCCUACGAGGAGUGGCAGGGCAAGGUCGUGGCGGCUUUCUACGAAGAGGGCAGCCGUUGCACGGAGCUCUUCCCACAGACGGGUGCGCCGUCAGUGCUCCGGAAGCGUAAGUUCAUCUUGUACGCCCUGGAGGAUACUGGAAGGACGGCCAGUUUGGUCGAGUUGAAGUCAGAGGAUCUGCCCGAGAAGACCUCGCUGAUGAUGUACCAUGUGGGCUCUCAAACGCUUGAUUUUGUAAGCCGAGGGUUGAAGGAGGGUGUCUUCUCGCACCCAGCUUGCGAUCUUGGAGGUCUCUCAAACUACAAGCAGAAGCUCGGUGAGGCCGCAGAUUUUACGGGGGAGCCUUUGAGAAUCCAGAAGGACUGCAACCUGUCCGAGCAGAGCAAAGCCAUCUGCCGACAGUGGGAGGCCCUGGCCCAGGCAGGCGCUCGGAUUUGCACUGUCGGGAAGCAGCUCGCUGACGUCCAGCUGCCAGAGAACUUCGAGGCCGACCUACAGACCUGGCUUGCCACUGCCGUCAUCGCGCUCGGCGGCGACAUACAGCUGCGCUUUCGUGCUCUUCCCGAGGAGCAUCGAGUGGUGGCCACGGUGGCAGAUGUCAGGGCCAAGACUGGAAAGUACUACACCAGGGUAUUCAACGGCGGCGACGACCGGUACGCGGAAGAGUCCACGGCCACAGACUUGUUCUGCGCCGUCGCAAGCAAGAUCAUCACGCCGAACUUGAACUCGAAGAACCUUAGGACGGAGUACUGCCCAUAUAUAAGAACUCCUAGCCCCGCCAAAGGAGAGCAGGGCUCCUGA